CCAAAACACUAGGAGUUUAGUUAUCAAAAAUAAAAUUUAAGAGGUUUAUUUUAAGAGGCCUAAAGAUCAGGGGCCAUGAGUCAUAAUUAGCCCUCAACGGAGGAGUGCGAAAAUCGCCACCCGUAUAUGGGUCUUCUUCUCUUUAUUUUGUCUCUUGACCAGUAGCUUUUCUUAGCCCCAUCGUCAUUCAUUCCUUCAAACUCGGUUCCAUAAACUACAAAAAUAAAAAAAAUACAGCAAUUGCUCUCUUUGAUGAUUAGAGAAACUAUUGGCUACUUAUUGCACCGUUGUACCAAGAUUAAAGCUUUUAAUCAUGGGUUUUCUCUUCAUGCUGCUGCCUUGAAAACCGGUUUGAUAUCCGACACUAUUGUAUCCAACCAUGUUGUAAAUUUAUACGCAAAACGUGGAAACAUAAAACAUGCUCGUCAAGUGUUCGAUGAAAUGUCUGAAAAGAAUCUUGUUUCUUGGUCAGCUAUGAUUUCUGGUUAUGACCAUACUGGGCAGCCUUUUUUAGCGCUCAAGUUGUUUUCUCAAAUGAAACUCGUGCCGAAUGAAUAUGUUUUCGCUAGUGUUAUUAGUUCAUGUGCUACUGUUAUGGCAUUGCCUCAAGGGAAAGAAAUUCAUGCUCGGUCUUUGAAGUAUGGUUUUGCGUCUGUUUCUUUCGUCUCGAAUGCGCUUAUUUCAAUGUACAUGAAAUGUGGUCAGUGUAGAUACGCUUUGUUGGUUUACAAUGUAAUAUCUGAACCAAAUGGUGUCACUUUUAAUGCUUUGAUUUCGGGGUUUGUCGAAAAUCGACAGCCUGAGAAAGGGAUGGAAUUUUUUAAAGCUAUGCACCAAAAGGGUUUUGUUCCUGAUAAGUUUACUUUUGCUGGACUGUUGGGAAUUUGUUCCAGUGAUAAUGAUUACUGGAUAGGAAUACAAUUGCAUUGUCAGGCUAUUAAGGUUAAUCUUGAGGAUUCUGCAUUUGUUGGUAAUGUGAUCAUAACUAUGUAUUCAAAGUUUAAACUGGCAGAAGAAGCGGGGAAGCUUUUCGGGCUGAUAAAAGAAAAGGAUCUGAUUUCUUGGAAUACGUUAAUAACUGCCUGUUCUUCUUGUAAAGAUUAUGAAACAGCUUUGAAGGUUUUUAAAGAGAUGAUAGAUGAUUGUGUUGUGAAGCCCGACGACUUUACUUUUGCUGGUGUACUAGCUGCCUGUGCUGGACUGGCAUCAAUUCGGCAUGGGAAGGAGAUUCAUUGUCAUCUAAUUAGAAUACGACAGUAUCAAGAUGUUGCGGUUGGUAAUGCCCUUGUCAACAUGUAUGCCAAAUGUGGUUCUAUUAGACACGCAUAUGACGUAUUCAGCAGGAUGAUUCGUCGCAAUUUAGUCUCCUGGAACACUAUCAUUGCUGGAUUUGGAAAUCACGGGCUUGGAGCAAUAGCCCUUGGACAUUUUAAGAAAAUGGAGAGUAUGGGGAUAAAUCCAGACUCUGUCACAUUUGUUGGACUUUUAACAGCUUGCAAUCAUGCAGGACUUGUGGAAGAGGGCCAACAUUAUUUUGAUUGUAUGGAAGAUAUUUAUGGGAUUUCACCGGAUAUAGAGCAUUUUGCAUGUCUUAUUGAUUUGUUGGGACGGGCUGGGAGAUUACAAGAAGCAGAAGCUUACAUGAAAAAGCUUCCUUUUGGGCAAGAUCCUAUUAUUUUAGGGAGUUUGCUCUCCGCAUGUCGGCUUCAUGGAGAUGUUGUCAUUGGGGAAAACUUAGCAAAACAGCUUCUGAAACUUCAGCCUGUAACUACUUCUCCGUAUGUUCUACUGUCAAACUUGUAUGCUUCGGAUGAGAUGUGGGGUGGUGUUGCGGAGGCAUGGAAGAUGUUGAAAGGCAGUGGACUGAAGAAGGAGCCUGGCCAUAGUCUGAUUGAUGUGAUGGGAAUUUUUGAGAAGUUUACAAUGGGUGAUCUUUCACAUUCAAGGGUUGAAGAGAUAAAAUACAUUCUCAGAGUCUUAAAUUGGGCAGUGAGCGAACUUUCUAUCAAUCCAAAAUAGAGUUCUUUCAAUAAAGGAGAGAUAGUGGUUUCAUCUAAAGCACCUGUUUCUAAAACUUUUGUGGAACAUCCAAUGAAAACUCAGCUGGUUCUGAAUGUUGGUGCUGAAAAUGGAGUGGGUUCAGAACAUGGAGUAGCUGCUAAGUUGCAACAUGAAGAGUUUGCUUUUUCAUGUGCACAAGGAGAUGAGAAUGCAGAAGAGGUCAUAAGUUUGGCUCCACAGGAAGAUCCUGAGAGAAUCAGGCAUGAAACAGCUGCCGGCCACAAAGGCAUCAGGCUGCUAUUAGAGGUUAUCUGGGGAGUCAGGUUUCAUGGAGACUGUUGCUGGCCAGGGUUAGGCGGCUCCAUAGUCUGGCAGUUAUUUGAGUAUGACGUCAAACAGUGGGAUAGAGAUGUGCUAGAUGACAUGUUCAAUACUUGUGAUAUAGUUCGAAUUCUUAAUAUUUCUUUAAGCAUCCGAGACUCAGCUGAUAGUUGGUAUUGGAGGUUUGUGUCGAAAGGGCUUUUUUCUGUCAAAUCGUGCCAUAGGGCCUUGCGGGGGAAGAUCUGGUCCAGUUUCAAGCGUUUGGAAGAAUAUUUGGAAGUAGGAAGUGCCCUUGAAUAUUAAGAAUUUCUUGUGGAGAGUUUGUUCCGGGUUUCGUCCCUACAGCAGACGCUUUAGCUGGAAAACAUUUCUAUAUCAACAGCUCUUGUCCGGAUUGUCGCCAGAAGAAGAAACCAUUUGCCAUCUCCUUAACUCCUAUGUGUUUGCUUCUGACUGUUGGACCUCAGCUCUCCUGAGGUCAGUUGUUUUGAAUAAGUAAGACCCAAAGGCCUGGUGUCUUAACUGGUUAGAGGUGCUCCCGUGCUAGGGAGAGAAUCGAGAUGAUCAAGCCCUAGCUGCUGUUAUUUGUUGUAUGGAAAAACUGUGGGAGCACGGCAGCUGGUGUGGUUAAUGAAGCAGGUUUAUUCCUGCAUGCAUGGAAGAGGGUGAACGUGGAGGAGAAGGGAGGUUUUAUCACUCAGAAUAUUGGUGAUGGUGAUGGAACGGUUUCUUGGGUCAGGCCUGGUUCGGAAUGGGUGAAGGUUAAUGCAGACGCUGCCGUGUUCCGUGAGACUAGCAGCAUUGGAGUUGGGUGUGUUGUCCGGAAUGAAUCUAGGUCAGUGGCCAACCCAGAGGUGUUAAGUUGGUUCCAUGGUUGAUCGAAGUUAGUGACCGGAUCGGAUACCUUGGCAGUUAUCAAUGACUUGAGACAUCUGGAGAUGGAGAGCGGUGAUUUUAUUUUGGAUGAUUGCUUUGGUUUGUUGAAACAAUUUAUCUUUUCUUAAAACGAACACACUUAUUAGCGCAAAAUGCUCGUUUAUUAGCGCAAAAUGCUCGUUUUGUCAGGUUAA